AUGGUCCGCUUUGGUAUCUUGGCCAUCUUGCCUUUGGCACUUGCUGCAAGUGCGGCUUUGAUAGAUAUCCCGUCAGUAGAUGCUGCUGUUGCUGCGGCGCUCGAAGAAUAUGGGAAUUAUGAAGCAUACACCGGUCCUCAGAAAAAGCCCCCAGCGAAAGCAAAAAUCACCCAAGAAAGCGCCUUGCUCCCUAGCGGCUCCUCGUUUUGGUUGGAAUCUAUAGGUCAUCAAGGUGUCUCUGCCUUUGGGGCUUCUGGAUACCAAGUCUUCCGUAACGUCAAGGACUUUGGUGCGAAAGGUGACGGUGUCACCGAUGAUACUGCAGCAAUCAACGCAGCAAUCAGCAGUGGUGAUAGAUGUGGGCAGGGCUGUGGAUCAGAUACAACCACCCCAGCCUUGGUCUACUUCCCUGCCGGUACCUACAUGAUUUCGUAUCCGAUCUUCGACUACUAUUACACGCAAAUUAUUGGAGACCCCACGAACAUGCCCGUGAUUAAAGCAACAUCAGGAUUUCAAGGCGGCUACCUCAUUGACGCCGACCCAUAUUUCACUGCGGACCUCAACUGGGCAUCCACAGUGGUAUUCUUCCGACAAAUUAGGAAUUUUGUUCUAGAUCUCCGCAGUAUCCCCACGGGAAACACUGUGAGUGGCAUUCAUUGGCCAACGGCGCAGGCAACUAGUCUCCAGAACCUGGUCUUCCAGAUGAGCUCAGCGUCUGGCACGAAGCAUCAGGGUGUUUUCUGUGAAAGUGGCUCUGCUGGCUAUAUGGGUGAUCUUGUUUUCAAUGGAGGAAACAUUGGUGCAGCACUAGGCAACCAGCAAUUCACCAUGAGAAACUUGACCUUCAACAAUGCAAUCACCGCUAUCAGUCACUACUGGGACUGGGGUUGGACCUAUAAGAGCAUUCAUAUCAACAAUUGUCAGGUCGGUAUUGAUAUUACCUCCGGAGGCCAUGACCAGCAGACCGUUGGCUCUCUCACCUUGCUGGAUAGCUCUAUCACCAACACACCAGUGGGUAUCGUUACUGCCCGUGAUUCCACCUCUCAGCCUCCGACGGCAGGCAGUGUUGUCCUUGAGAAUGUGUCCGUUCAAAAUGUCCCUGUCAUUGUUCAAGGCCCGGGCCAGACAACUGUUCUGGCUGGUGGAACCAUGCAUGUAGAUGCCUGGGGGCAAGGACAUAGCUACACCCCAGAUGGUCCUCAGGCCCUCCAAGGUACCUUCACGCCCAACUCUCGGCCAUCAUCACUCCUCCAAGGACAGCAGUUCUAUGAACGCUCCAAGCCUCAAUACAGCGCUUUGAGUGUGUCUUCAUUCAGUAGCACUCGAAACGGCGGUGCAAAGGGUGAUGGAGAAACAGAUGAUACAGCUGCUCUCCAAAAGAUCAUCAACGAUGCUGCAUCAUCUGGCAAAGUAGUCUACUUCGAUGCGGGCACAUAUCGUGUCACUAGCACUCUCAAGAUCCCGGCAGGCUCCAAAAUCGUUGGUGAAGCCUAUCCAGUGAUCAUGUCUAGCGGCAGUUUCUUCAGCAAUAUGGAUAGUCCCCGGCCUGUUGUUCGAGUUGGCGCUUCUGGUGACAGUGGCCAGGUUGAGUGGUCAGACAUGAUUGUUAGCACACAAGGUGCACAAGCAGGGGCUGUUCUCAUUGAGUGGAAUCUCGCGUCUCCCUCUGGAAGCCCCUCUGGGAUGUGGGAUGUGCAUGUAAGGGUUGGAGGGUUCGCGGGCUCCCAACUUCAGGCUGCACAGUGUACUGCGACUCCAGGCACAGCUACCACGACGGCGAAUCCAAAUUGCAUUGCUGCCUUUAUGCUCAUGCACAUCACAUCAUCUGCCACUGGGCUGUAUAUGGAGAACAACUGGUUUUGGGUUGCAGAUCAUGACCUUGACGGAAACGGCCAGCUCACUAUCUAUAGUGGUCGUGGAAUGAACAUUGAGAGCACCCAGGGAAAUAUCUGGCUCUCGGGUACCUCGGUGGAACAUAACGUGCUUUAUCAAUAUCAGCUUGCUUCAACGAAAAACAUUUACAUGGGACAGAUACAAACCGAGUCGGCGUACUACCAACCAAACCCCGUCGCCACAACUCCAUUCCCCGUUGUGUCCUCUAUUCAUGAUCCCAACUUUACAACAUCGUGCGCUGGCAAAGGCAAGUAUUGCGCCGAAGGUUGGGGUCUGCGAGUUUUAGAUUCGACUGGUAUCUUCGUCUACGGGGCGGGGCUGUACUCCUUCUUUGAUAACAAUGAUGCCUCGUGCUCGGCCCAGGACUCCGGAAGAAGCUGCCAGAACUCAAUCUUUAGCCUCGAGGGCUCAUCUUCAAUCUCCAUCUACAAUCUCAACACGGUGGGAUCGGCCAGUAUGGUUGAUAUUAACGGUGCCAGCGUUGCCAGUCAGGCUGAUAACCUGAAUGUGUUCAAUGAGAAUAUCGCACUGUUCAGAAAGUGA